GUAAAAUAUAGGAUUAAAAAAUGAAGAGCCAAUGAUAGUGAAGAGUAUUCUGAAACGGCAAUAGUAAGCAACCAUCAAGUUGCUGAUGAAUAUGCUAUUUUAGAUAAACUGUAGGUCUCACUAUCAAAUACCAAUGCAUACACUCCUGACCCAUUUCACCACUCAUUAGUCAAUACUGUCCCAACUAUUCACAAAAGUAGUGCGACCUUUCAACCACCAUGGCCGCUACAACCACCACCACACUUCCACUCCACACUCACAAACUCCUCCGUCGAGCCACCUUCAACCGCCUUUUCAUUGUGGUUUACGCCAUUGCGUUAUCAUCCUUUUUCUAUCACCACAUAUACACACUCUUCAAUUCUUCCUUCUCAUACUCCCUCAUCCCUUCCUUUCUACUGCUUCUAGCCGAUCUCGUCCUCGGAUUUUGGUGGUUUUGCACUCAAUCUUUCCAUAUCCGCCCUAUUCGCCGGUACGAGUUCAUCGAUAACCUCGAAAAAAUGGUGUUGAAAGAAGGAAAGGAAUAUCCGGCGAUUGACAUCUUUAUAUGCACUGCGGAUCCUUACAAGGAACCACCGAUUGGGACGGUGAAUACGGCAUUGUCGGUGAUGGCGUAUGAUUAUCCACCGGAGAAAAUCUCUCUUUACUUGUCUGACGAUGGUGGGGCCCAACCUACCCUUUUUGCAUUCUUUGAAGCUGCCAAGUUUGCUCGCCAUUGGUUGCCUUUCUGCAGAGAAAACAGUGUUGUGGAAACCAGUCCUGAAGCUUAUUUUGCUUCCGAUUUCUAUGAUACCCAUUCACCUGACGCUCACAAAUUGAAGACUUUAUACGAGAGUAUGAAAUUUAGAGUUGAAAAUGUAGUCGAAAGAGGAAAAGUUGAGGAGGAAUAUAUUGAUAGUGAAGAAAUGCGGUGCGCGUUUGCAACAUGGACUAAAGAGUUUACCCGACACGAUCAUCCUACAAUUAUUCAGAUUUUGUUAGCUUCGGUGAAGGACAGAGACGUUAGUGGUAAAAUGAUGCCAAACUUAAUAUAUGUCUCUAGAGAGAAAAAUAAGAUCCAUCACCACCACCACUUCAAGGCAGGAGCCCUCAAUACUCUCGUUCGCGUAUCGGCAAUUAUGACAAAUGCACCAAUCAUCUUAACUUUAGACUGCGACUCAUUGUCUAAUGAUCCACAAACCAUUAAGCGAGUUUUGUGUUACUUUUUGGAUGAAAAAACUCAACCCACAUUAGCAUAUGUACAGUUUCCUCAAAUAUUUAAUGGGCUCAACAAAGGGGACAUUUAUUUUAGUGAACAUAAACGUCUUUACCAAAUCUAUCCCUUGGGAAUGGAUGGGCUUUCUGGCCCAAAUUAUCUUGGAACUGGAUGCUUUUUCCAGCGACGUGCCUUCUUUGGGAGUCCAACAUCUUUGAUUCAGCCCGAAAUCCCUGAACUUCAUCCUAAUUACGAGGUCAACAUGUCCUUUGCUUCACCUGAAAUGCUCGAAUUGGCUCAUUCUGUGAGUACUUCCUACUUCGAAAAGACAUCCCAAUGGGGCUUAAAUUUGGGUCUUCGAUAUGGGUCAAUGUCUGAGGACUUUCAUACAGGCUAUCGGAUGAAAUGUGAGGGAUGGAGGUCCAUGUUUUGUUACCCAGACAGACCAGCUUUCUUCUGUGAUUCACCAGUGACCCUAAAUGAUCUGUUAAGUCAAUGCAAAAGGUGGAGCUUUGGUCUACUCGGGGUCCUACUCUCAAGAUACAGUACCUUAUUCUUUGGAAUUAAGAAAAUGGGCCUGAUCAUGAGCAACACUUACUCCCACCAUGCACUAUGGCCCAUCCUCUGCAUUCCACUCACCAUUUACUCCUUUAUCCCUCAACUUGCUCUACUUCAAGGAAUUUCCACCUUCCCAAAGAUUUCAGACCCAUGGUGUAUUAUAUAUUUAUACCUCUUCAUUGGAGCAUACGCAAAAGAUCUCUUAGACUUUGUACUAGAAAAAGGAACAUUUGAAAGGUGGUGGAAUUCUCAAAGAAUGUGGAUGAUAUGUGGACUCUCAAGCUUCCUCUUUGGGUGCAUAGAAUACAUCCUUACUUCCCUGGGUAUCGCAGUACGAGGAUUUAACGUAACCAGCAAACUACAAGACGAUGACGUGAAAAAGAGGUAUGAUCAAGGUAUUUUUGAGUUUGGAGUUGCUUCACCUAUGUUUGUUCCUAUGACAAUAGCUGCCAUAAUCAACUUGGUUUCCUUUGUUAUGGGAUUAAUUGGGGUGAUUAGAAGAGGCAUGGGAAAUAUGGAAGGACUAAUUCUGCAGAUUUUAUUGUGCGGUUUUGGAGUGAUUAAUUGUUGGCCAGUUUAUGAAGCAAUGGUAAUUAGGAGCGACAUUGGCAAAAUGCCCAUCAAGAUCACGUUGAUAGCUAUAUUUAUAGCUUCACUUACAUGCUUGCUUGUUUGUGGGGAGUACCUUUCAUAAGAGCAUCUACAAUGGUUGAGCUAAUCAGUUUGUUACUAAAAGAUUGUUUCGAUCUUCAAAGGAGCCUCCAACUAAUGCCAAUGCCAAUGCCAAUACCGUCUGAUAAAUCAUAAGUGCAUGAUUGUGACAAGUUAUUUUGUCUUUGAUAACAUAAUAAUUUCGGUUGUAAAGUUCACUUUUGGAAUCAUAAUAUUCAGUAGUCAUUGGGAUUGAAAGAGUUGUUGGUUACGUUUUAAAUUCGUGAAAGGAGAGGUAUUGACCUCACUCAAAGAUCACAAGAUAAAGUUUAAGUGACGUUUAUUUUGUGUCAUUGUGUAGGAAUUAAAUAAUGCAAGUUAGAAAUGGAUGACAAUAAUAAAUAAAUAAUCAAGACAAAGAUUUUAAGGUGGUUUACACGUCAAAGA